CUUUCAGUAGGUGCUUCCUGGACAUCAGUAACCAAGCUCAGUCUUCAUACCAAACCCAGAAUGCCUCCGUGUGACUUCACGCCUGAAAGAUACCAGUCCCUUGCCUACGACCGUGUCCUGGAGAUCCACCAGCAACAUCUCUCUCCUAUGGCAACAGCGUACUUCCAGAAGCCCUUGCUGCUCCACCAGGGGCGCAUGGAGUGGCUAUUUGAUUCUGAGGGAAACAGAUACCUGGAUUUCUUUUCCGGAAUUGUCACUGUCAGUGUCGGUCACUGCCACCCGAAGGUAAACGCAGUGGCACAGAAGCAGCUUGGCCGCCUGUGGCACAUCAGCACUCUCUUCUUCCACCCUCCAAUGCACGAAUAUGCAGAGAAGCUUUCAGCACUUCUUCCUGAGCCUCUGAAGGUCAUCUUCUUGACGAACAGUGGCUCAGAAGCCAAUGACCUGGCUAUGCUGAUGGCCAGAGCACACUCAAACAACUUGGACAUCAUUUCCUUCAGAGGAGCAUACCACGGAUGCAGUCCUUACACACUUGGUUUGACAAACGUAGGGAUCUUCAAGAUGGAACUCCCCGGUGGGAUGGGGUGCCAAUCAACAAUGUGCCCAGAUGUUUUUCGUGGCCCUUGGGGUGGAAGCCACUGUCGAGAUUCUCCAGUGCAAACAAUUAGGAAAUGCAGCUGUGCACCAGACUGCUGCCAAGCUAAAGACCAGUAUAUUGAACAGUUCAAAGAUACUCUGAACACUUCUGUAGCCAAGUCACUUGCUGGGUUUUUUGCAGAACCAAUUCAAGGUGUGAAUGGAGUUGUCCAGUACCCAAAGGGGUUUCUAAAGGAAGCCUUCAAGCUGGUGCGAGAGAGGGGAGGCGUGUGCAUUGCAGAUGAAGUGCAGACAGGAUUUGGAAGGCUGGGUUCUCACUUCUGGGGCUUCCAAACCCAUGACGUCCUGCCUGACAUUGUCACCAUGGCUAAAGGGAUUGGGAAUGGCUUUCCCAUGGCAGCAGUUGUGACGACUCCAGAGAUUGCCAAGUCUUUGGCUAAACGUUUUCUUCACAUCAACACCUUUGGAGGGAACCCCGUGGCCUGUGCCAUUGGAUCUGCGGUGCUUGAGGUGAUUAAAGAAGAAAAUCUACAGGAAAACAGUCAAGAAGUUGGUACCUACAUGUUACUGAAGUUUGCUAAGCUGCGGGAUGAGUUCGAAAUUAUUGGAGACAUCCGAGGCAAAGGCCUCAUGAUAGGGAUAGAAAUGGUGCAGGAUAAGGUGAGCCGCAAGCCUCUUCCCCGUGAAGAAGUAAAUCAAAUCCAUGAGGACUGCAAACGCCUGGGGCUCUUAGUGGGCAGAGGCGGCAUCUUUUCUCAGACAUUUCGCAUUGCUCCCCCAAUGUGUAUCACUAAACCAGAAGUUGACUUUGCAGUGGAAGUAUUUCGUUCUGCCUUAAUCCAACACAUGGACAGAAGAGCUAAAUAAAAUUUUUAGAAAUAAAAAACCACAAGCCUCAAGAACUUACCACGUAUGUUCAAAGGUGAAUUCAAGGAUUUCAGCACCACUGGUAUUUGUACAAUACCUGCAGCUUUCCAUAGUAAUUCUGAAAGAAAUGUUUGACUACCUACCAGCUAUACUUGUUAACAGAGCCCCUAUAUCUUGAGAGCUUUAUCCUUCAGAGAAAGGAUCUCUAUGCCUAGCUCAGAGACUAAAUCCUAUUUCAUUUAGAUUAGUUAUGGUAAUCUCCUUCCCUUUGGCAGUGAUUGGUUGAGCACAAUCUUGUGACAUGUUUUUGUCUAGCGAAUCCUGAAGGAAAAUGUUUUGGUGGAAGUGCCUUCAGGGAAAGGUUUCUUCACACUUUACUCUUCAGAUCAGGAAGAGAUGUCUUCUUCGUGCACUGAAAACAUAUGUUGUGAUGGGAUUCCCGGAACCAUGUCAGCCAUCUUGGCACCAUGAGGACAAAGCCUCUUUGCUGAGGUUGGAAGACGGAUGGAAGCUGAGUGCUUAGUGAUAUUAAUGAACCACUGAUUUGAGCAAUCCUGGAGCCACUCUACCUCAGGGCUUCUUAUUAUAUGACAUAAUAAAUUCAUUGU